ACUUUUCCUCUCACUGAAUUUGGCUGUCCUUUCCUGAAUGAUAUGUUCAAGAUGUGCAGGUGUGUCACGAACCCUAUACGCAUCAACUGCAGCAGUGUUAGUGCUUAGUCAAGCCGUUCUAUCGUUCCGUGUCUGGUACUUGUUCACGCACAGCAAAUUCUUUCAGAUCAUUAUUGCCUCCAUAUUCACUUUAUGCGUGGUAUCCCAGUCAUUUCUCAUGGCCUUUACUUAUAGCAACAUUCAACUCGAGCCAGAUAACCAAAUUCCAGGCGUUGCAUCUUGUGGAUAUUUGCCUCCAUCAUCUGCUUGGCAUGUUUAUUUGCCUGCCAUCUUUUUGCACGUCACGAUGUACGCGUUGACUCUCUACCGCCUGGCUCAUAGCACCACGAGAAUCUCAUCAGGGGUAUUUAUCAAGCGGUUCAUAGAGGAGGGAGGUCCAAUGUAUUUCAUGGCAACGAUUGCUCUGAUAUUUACGGAAAGUAGUGUUUCGAUAACCGACAACAUGAAGGUGCGCUUGCCAGGGUUGGAAUCAUACCUAGCUUUCGCCAUGAUCACGAUUGCCGUCUGCCAUGCUCUACUGGGAAUUCGCUCUCUCGCCGCUAAAUACCAUGUUGAUCCACGCUGGUUAUUGAGUCACAAUGAGCUCAGCCGAGUGCAAUAUAAAACAGGACCAGGGGGAGAACUGCUGGUGGAGAUUGAUGACAAUUGCGAUCGGGUCGAUGAUGAUGACUUGGCGCUCGCACAAGUCGAGUCAGACGAGAGAACCGUUCAAGACGGGGACAUUUCUCCACACAAAAAGUGUGAGUGCGACGAUUGCUAGCAGCGUUCGAAUGCGAAGAAUGGAAUGACAUUUGUAGGCACAGAGAGCCUGACCUAAGGGAGGAUGAACAUUGACAGCUUUGUUAGUCACGAUGUGACGUUCGAUAUACACUCGUUUAUAUCUGUACUUGAUUUAUCUUACUAUAAUGAUGAUUUCUGUUAGGCCGAG